AUGCGAAAAUUUCGGUUAGCAUUACGAUUUUUGUUGAAACGAUCUGGUACUGUAAUUCUGCGGUAUGGCCGUCCAGUAUUAAAAAGUGAAGUGCUUGGUCGUGGUUUAACGCUCUGGGGACGAAUUAUAAUACGACCACUUGCGUUAGCAGGUUACCAAAAGAACUGGAGAAAUAAUUAUUGGUUAGGUAUUAAUCGACGACAUAUUUCUCCACUGAAAUUUUGUUCUAAGCUUGAAGUUUCGGAAAGAAUUAAGAAGUUAUUUCUAACAAAUACGAGGUAUAAUAGCGGUUUGCGAGCUACAGAAAUACCCAACAGGCUUGAGGAUUAUGAAAUAGGUAGUAAUAUUGCUUGCGGCUGUGAUGCUGCCGUAUAUGAAGCACGUAUACGUACGUUGGAAAAAGCUGAGAGGGUUCCUUCUAACAUUUGUACAGACUUGCCUUUCACUUCGUCUUUCUUACAAAGGAAACAGUCGGUUACUGGAGAUCCUGUUGUUGCUUAUCCAUAUGCAUUGAAAAUAAUGUACAAUUAUGAGUUCAAUGCAUCAGAAAGACAUCUAUGGAUGGAUAUGGGUACCGAAUUAAUACCAUUAAUCGAAAGGCCGCCAGAGCUCAUUGGUUACAUGGCUAAUAUGAGCUUUUUGCCGCAUGCGCAUCCAAAUAUAGUACAAAUGUAUAAAGCAUUUACGGAUUGUAUGCCAGUGUUGGAAGAUGCUCGACUUUUGUACCCGGAAGCUCUGCCAACAUCUGAUUUUUAUGAAUUGAUUAUUGAUGAACCGAAAACAUUGUACCGAAUGACUUUACGAGAAUACGUACUUACGCAUAAACGAAAUUAUUGGUUUGGUAAGGUAAUGUUUGGACAGCUUCUGGAAGCAAUUGUUUAUCUUUACAAUCAUCGAAUUAGUCAUCGUGAUAUAAAAUCAGACAACAUCUUACUCGAUUUUAAUGCUGAUGAUGAUGUUCCACAUUUGGUAUUGAGCGACUUUGGUUGUGCAUUGGCAACGGGGACUUGGAAAGUACGUUACGAUACGGAUACAGUUUACCUUGGAGGAAAUAUGGCUUUAAGAGCUCCAGAAAUCCGUUCUGCCCAUCCAGCUCCCAACAAUUGGGUAGAUUUUCAUAUGGCUGAUCUUUGGGCUGCUGCUACAGUUGGAUACGAAAUUUUUACCAGGCAACAGUUUACUUUUAAAACUAGCAAAACAAAUCCAUUCUACAGUCGUAUGAGAAGCGAUCAUUAUGCGGAAUGCGAACUGCCUCCAUUACCAAAGAAGAUGGAUUGUCCGAUAAAAGCAGUUAUUCAGAAUAUGCUGCAAAUUGAUCCAAAUAAACGACCAAUUCCAUCUGUUGCGGCAAAUGUCCUUAGUAUAUCAUUGUUCCGAUUUGGUCAUAAUUUACGAAAGCUCUUUGAUGAUUGUGGUUUUGAUGAAACAUUAUUUGGCGCAAAAAUUAACGAUUUGAAGAAUGCUGCAAGUAAAACUCUAAAAACGAUUGAAGAAAAGAUGAUAGCAUCAAUGAAUGAUUUCACUCUCCUCUUUGCUGCGGAGACAAUAUUAGCUCGAAAUAUUCAUCCAAAUGUAGUCAGUACAGCGGAACUACAGCUCCGCGCAACGUUUCUAUCUCGAAUUGAUCACGAAUGUAUUUGGUCAGCUUUGAGUUAUUUCUACGAUAAUGACAAUUUGUCAGAAAACCACACAAGCGUUUUUACUGCAGAAAUAAGAGAUUCAAUGUUUGCAGCUGGUGAUUUGACAAAUUCUAUAAAUAAUCUUAUUAGCACAUAA